GGCGGCUCCUGACUCAGAAGCUCGCUCUCCCCUCUGCCACUCGCGGCAGGGUCCCUCUGUGAUAUUACCGAACACGGCGCGAUGGUGGUGGUGGUGGUGGUGUAGCGUUGCGUGCGUGCGGCGUGGUCGCGUGUGAUGAUAGCGAUGCUGGCGAAGGUGACGAUGGUGCUGGUGUGAUCAUGGUGAUGGGUGGAGGAGGAGGAGCAGCAUCAGCAGCAGCAGCAUCAGCAGCUCCGUGGCGUGUCCCCCACGGGGGCCGGGUUUAACUCGGCAGCCGGAGAGGGAGCGACCACGUCUCGACGCGUCCUGCUGUUUCGACGAUCCGGCUCGGGGUACCGCGGGAUUGAAAUAUUUCACUGCGAUCUAUGGAAACUUCUUUUUGAGAGACAGCAAGUGGACUGGUUGGCUAUAAUAUAAAAAAAUGAACAUUUAAGGUAACGAGAAUAAAAGUGCAUAUUAUCAGACACCAUGUCAGGGGUGCAAUCUGCAAGCGGCAUCCCAAGCGCACCACACCCAAAGGUCCGAGCCCUCUAUGGCUACGAGUAUAUUAGCUCGGAUGGAAGAGUCAUCAAGAUGACCGAGGGUGAAGAGUUUUUUCUUCUCAAAAAGGCCAAUGAGGACUGGUGGCAAGUGAAACGGCCCACGGAGAGCAAGCCCAUAUACGUACCAGCGACAUACGUAGAGGAGAAGCCCAUAGAACAGUCGCCUGUGCUCAAGACGUUUGGCAAGAUGGCAUCAUUCAAUGGUGGUGGCUCAGGCCUGCGCAACGGAAGCACAGACCAGCCAACGUCGCCCAAGAGCAAGAUCGUUGCAACAAUUUCACUGCCUCUCAACCCCUAUGAGGGCUUUAGGGGCUCCGUCUUGAUGCAGGAUGACUCGGAAUAUGCCGAAAUUACCUUCAAGGAGGAGGAGACGACACACCUGUCCACAGGAUCCUCACAGUCCCCAUCCCCGCUUCCCAUUUCCCCGCUGGCCGUGACAGCACGCUCCUCCUCGCCCGUCUACGCCAACCUGGAGGAGCUGAAGCAGGUCCAGGGCACCGAUUUCCCACCCACGCCAACGGGGGAACCCAUUGUCACCUCCGAGGAUUCAUGGGAGACUCAUCUGGACGAGAGCUCCAAUCGCUUCUUCUACCGGAACUCGCUCUCCGGCGAGAUGAGCUGGAAACCCCCUCGACGAGCCAGGCCUCCGACGCCCCCGCCAGACUACAGCCCGUCACAGUCGAGCCUCGCAGCGGCGCCCCAGGCCAUCCUGCCACCUGGCUGGCAAGAGGAGAUGGACGCGAAGGGAGAGAUCAGCUUCACCCACCUGGCCAGCCCUGACAAGUGGAAGAGGUUGAUGGAUGAAAAUGGCAAGGUGUACUUCUACACGAGCAAGGGGGACAGUGUCUGGGAGCUCCCAAAGCUGGAGUCUCCCCCUCCCCCUGAAGAGCCCAGGGCCGGAACCCUCCCUCGUGCAUCGCACCCCUCGGAGCGGUCCCUCCACAGCAGCACGCUCCCCCGCGGCACGGGCACCUCAUCGUCCUCCUCCUUCUUAUCCUCGUCUGCAGCCAUGACGCAGGAUGUGAAACCCGCACUCAGCAGCUUUGGCAUGGCCACGCUACCACGCGCCUCCGUCGGCUCGUCCGACAGGCAGUUUGGCACCGGCGCCGGCGGCAGCAGCAGCAGCGGCAUUGGCAGCACCACCUCGGCGUUGGCCGCGACUUCUCUGGUGGCGACACUACGGCCCGGUGGGCCUGACAAGCCUCAGCUCGUGCUGACAGAGCAGGGCACGGUGACGGCAGUCAACUGGCGUGUGCGGCAAAGCGGUCUGGACAGGGCCAUCCAAGCCAAGUCGGUGUUCAUUCCAGAUGAACCAAAGAUUACACCGCACAAAAGGACACUUUCAGAUCACGACUUGUCGGACAAGGCUGCACCAGCAACUGUAAAUCCACUGUCACCACCCCUGGACAAAGCUGGAAUGCUCAACAAGACCAAGAUAAUGGAGGCUGGCAAGAAGCUCAGGAAGAAUUGGGCUCCCUCAUGGGUGGUGCUGAGUGGAAGCAGUCUGGUUUUCCACAAGGAGCCAAAAGCACAAACUGCUGCCAGCUGGAAACCGGGCUCGGCACAGAGCAAGCCCGAGGGCUCGGUGGAGCUACGUGGAGCCCACGUGGAGUGGGCCCGGGACAAGUCGAGCAAGAAGAAUGUCUUUCAGAUCCAAGCAGGGACGGGAUAUCAUGAGUUCCUUCUGCAAUCGGAUAAUGAUGCCAUUAUCAAUGAGUGGUUUCAAGCCAUAAGGAGCGUCAUACAAAAACUGAGCAGUGAGCCAGGAAACCGGGAUGAGGUGUUUCUCAGUGUGGUGAAAUAUGGUGGAAACUUUGAUGAGGUCGAUGGCAGCGGCGGAGAAGAGGAGAGCAGCGAGUCACCUCUGCGGGAAAAGUCCAAGGAUUCCAAGAAGCAUUGGGCAGUCAGUAAACCAGCAGUGGUGGAAAGCACGGACAAAAAGAAAGCCAAAAGGAAAUUGAUGAAAUUCUUUCCGAAGAGGCCACCAAUCCAGUCACUGAGAGACAAAGGCCUCAUCAAAGAGCAAGUGUUUGGCUGUCCAUUGGCAAUGCUGUGCGAACGGGAAAACACCGCUGUGCCCAAGUUUGUCCAACUCAGCAUCGAGACUGUUGACAAAAGAGGACUCUGCAUAGAUGGAAUCUACCGGGUUAGCGGGAACUUGGCCACGAUACAGAAGCUGCGCUUCCUUGUGGAUCAUGAAGAGAAGGUGAGCUUGGAUGAGAGCCACUGGGAAGACAUCCACGUCAUCACCGGAGCCCUCAAGAUGUUCUUCCGGGAGCUGCCUGAGCCCCUCUUCCCAUUCAACCAGUUUGAUCUCUUCAUUAGUGCCAUAAAGAACCAAGACAGCAGGGAGAAGUUGACCAAGAUUAAGGAGCAAGUGCAAAAACUCCCCAAGCCAAAUAAAGACACCAUGAGAGCCCUGUUUGAGCACCUGAAAAAGGUGAUCGCGUGCGGCGAAGCGAAUCGAAUGACGACGCAGAGCGUGGCCAUCGUGUUCGGGCCUACACUCCUGCGGCCCGAGAAUGAGAGCAGCAGCAUGGCCUUCCACCUUGUCUACCAGAACCAGAUCGUAGAGUUCAUACUGUCCGAGUUCACCACUAUCUUUGGCUUGUAACCCUCGACUGUUUGCACUACUUGUCUGUCCAGGCGCCACUGAUGUAACUACCUGCUCAAUUUUAUAUUGUAGCCAUUAGAUGUCUUCUCCUGUAAGUGUCCACAAGGUGAGUUCCAGGUAAAGCUGAAUGUAAAAAAAAUGGGUCAACAGGGCCUGCAUAUUGCAUAAGCAUUGUAGCUUCAUCACACGCUUCAUCUUUACAAUCCUGGCCUUUUCACAUUAAUGAGUGGUAAAUUUAGUGCUUCUGUUAAAAAAAAUCACGUUUGAACAAAUUUCGUUUAAACGAGAAAUUAUUUUUUAUAUUUAGUUAAAAGGACCUAUUGUCUGUGGUAUAACGACUUGCAGUGCAGUUCCGCAGGAAUAUUCAAGGUGUGUGAUUGAUACCGUAGCAAAUAUUUGGCCUAUUUAUUUUGUAUUCUGAAGAAAAAAAAAACUUGGUCAGCGCCAUGUACAGUGAUGUCUAAACAAAUAUUUUCAUAACGGUGCCAUGCUUCACUGGUGAUAUGUUUGUGAGUAAGUGCGAGAGCGCGUUAUGAAGCCAAACCGCGUUUCGUCAGUGCCACGCAAAAUCACAUGCUCGUCCGAUGUAUACAAAUUUAAAGCGAUUGUGGUUCAAUUGUAUAUAACUCUAAAGAAACUAAACGUCCUUCAAGUGUUAAAUGCGAUUAAAAUCCAUGACCCGAGAUACUCAACAUUUUAAAUCGCUUAGGUUUUCUUUUUGAAAUCUGACAGUUCCCGACGUAUUAAAUGACAUUCCGAAAUAUGUCCUGAGCAUGUAAAUUUAGAAAUCAGAAUAACUUAAAAAUGUACGAGUUAUCAACACUGCAACAUGCCUGAUCAUUGAUACAUUUGUAUAUAUGCAUCUUGUGUACCUGAAAGUGGCUUGCCAUUGAUAAAAGGCACAUGGAACUAUUUUUCUGGAUCAGUGUUUAUGCUUUGGGAUUCUUCGACACAAAAUAACUUCUUGUAAGACCCGACGAACUUGUAUUUUGAACUGGAUAUUGUUAAAACACUUAAAAGGUUUGCGGUGCAUUUUAUCUCUACAUUUUCAAAGUGCAUGAAAUUGUCGAACAUACAAAUGGACCCAUUAGUGUUUACAAGCCACAGUACUGUUCCAAGUUUGUUCAUGAUGACCAUCGAACAUCGUAUCUUAAUGCAUGGGUGUCAAAGAGGCUAUAAUUUAAGUACGUGUGCUUUUGGAUUGAAUACGGUCUGACAGGAGAAACACUUGGGGUUUUAUUUGCGAUCGUACAGUUUUUACUUUAACUUUCUGUUUGGAGGUUGCAGCUUUCAAUGCACUUACAUGCCAAAAUGAGGGGACUGAUGAGUUGUGAUAUGUGAGCUGUAUGUGUUGCUGUUGGAUUACACCAAUGUGGAUAUUGUUCAGUUUUCACUUCUGCUUUGCUGUACUUGUCGUGGUAGUAGGUCACCCCUUCUGUGUAGGUGAAACGGUUUGCGUUGAGGUGUCAGUGUUUAGAGGUAGGUGUGUGUGUGUUUGUGCCCUUAUGUUGGGUGUCAUUCAGAGAGUCUUCAGUGUGGUGUCUGAGUUUUGUUUAAACUUCUGUGUGCUCGUAUAUAACUGAUUACGGUCAUUACUAUAUAAACGUUAACAACCUAGGAUAUACUGGAGCAUUAAAUACCCUUGAACGAUUUGUUCACUUUUUGAGCAAUUGUAAAAAAAAAUGACAAUCUUGUUUAUGUUAAAGUAAUAUUCUGUGAAAUAGGCUUGCUCAGAAGGUGGAUAAAGGGUCAUUAAAACCAUUGCUUCUCAAUCAUUGUAGAGGGCUUGUUAGGUGAGCCUAGGUUGGUGUGCUGUGAAAUAUGUUACCAAAAACCCCUGUGUGAGGCCACUUUGACAAGUUAGUGUAGGAAAUGUAUCAAUGCAGGCAUGCCUCCGUAACUGUGGAGGUGUAGAGAAGGAUGCUGUGUAUGCCACUUGUCUGUAUUCUUGCCAAAAGGACUUGCAAUGCAGAGUCUAUCAACUACUGACCUUUUAUCAUGCGGUUGAUUUUUCAACGAACAAAGUUUGACGAGUAAUUGUUUUGAGUGUUGUCGAGGUUUCUCUUGUUUUUAAAAGAGCCAUUUGUGUAAUUUGUUAAUAUUGUGUUUAUUAUCGUCAUUAUCAUCAUGUUUGUAUUUUGAUGUAUUGACAUGUACAAUUAUUCAACUUAAAAUACAUUGUGCAAAUACAUUGUAACCAAUUUUCGAUUUUUCUGUUAAUGUUGCCUACCAGACACUUAGCAGAUUACUAUUAUCUAUUGGGAGCUCUCAAAUACUCAUAUCUUUAUUGAAUCAAUUCUAAAUGAUAUUGGUGGCCAAAAAUAUGUUUUUCAGCCACUGCAAUUUCCCAUCUCUCUUUAAACAGUCGCUCAGGUGCCAGCAUUGUUUUGUAUCAUAGCUUAAAAAUGUUCUUGCCUGACACUGCCUACAAUAAGUGCUGAAAUAAAAGACUAUACAUUGGCACUUGCCAUAUCACAGAGCGUAAGUUGAACAUACAGCUUCAAAGCACAAGAAAGUAUGAGGUGUUGGCACAUGCAAACGUUUUCCUGUCAUGAGAUAUUUAUGUGGUUGUUGCCUGUGUCCAUGAAUUGUAGGCUGUGGUUUGUCGAGAGUUGUGAUUAUGAAGUUGUCUUGCUACACUCCCUGAUCUUGUGACGUUCUUACCCGCCCCGACUGGACAUCUGUCAAAAAGAGCUUCAUAGCUCAUCGGAUUCCUCCAAUAUAAUUCGAUAUUAUGACCUGUGAAAACAGGCACUGGGAGAAUCUAGUAGGGCCCAAGCCAGUUUGUUAUUAAGCCAUGCAUAGUGAACCCAUAACACGUUACAAACGUUCCACGGUCGAUACAAGUUGACAGGGAGAGGGGGGAGGGGGCACGUUUACGCAAAAAAGUGCACUAAUUGUUUGAUUGUCAAAUAAAGUUGGAUCCUGCCAGGUGAGCCAUUGUUUGGAACACAAUGGCCAUGUCUUACUCUUCACCUAUGAUAUACAGUAAUGGAACAAAAUGAGAGAGAAAAAACACCUACGCUAAUUUAAAAGUAAAAUGAACCACAAGCUUGAUUAAUUUUGAAAUGUUGAUAAGCUUUCAUCCAAGCUUGAGAUUCGUAUUUGUGCAAGCUUAUAAUUUUAUUUUCAAAAGGUACAGUUUAACAUAAAUCAACUUCAUGUUGACACUGCUUUACAACAAUGACAAAUAUAUAUUCAAUAUAUUAAUAUUGCAGGUAUUGGGGCUUCAGAGCAGCCAAAGAAAAAAUACCUCGAUGUGGUAAAGUUGUGAGAUCGCAUGUUUUGAAUUAAAAUUUAAAUAUUUUGCCAAUAUCAGAUUGAACGGAAAUUAAUACUUAAUGUCUGCGGAUGAAAAUCCUUGAAUGUGUCUACUAACACUUUUUGUAUUUAAUCUUCAUAUUUGGUAGUUUUUUCAAGGUACCAACGAUAAUAAGUCGAUCUUUUUGUCCUUGAAUGCUCUGAAGUAAGACUAUUGCCCAAAACGUUGGCCAGUCAUGUCUUUUCCUGAUUUCAGGCCAUGUUAAUGACAAAGACGGCCUUAUAUAAUUUGUGUAGGCAUACAAGCACAUUCCCCUGGUCUUUUACUGGGAAAAGGUAGUUGCAUGGUUCAUUAGCUAAUGCUAUUCUUAAGUCCGGCUACUGGUCCAGUACGAGUGAGAUCCCGGAUUAGAAACCCAGCCUUCAACCUGAGUUUAAAGCACAUUCUCAUGCACAUUGAAUUUCGUGGUCUCGGCCUCGUCUGCUGUCAAUCAUCAUGCUUUAUAAUCAACAUACACAUGUUUGGUUUUGUACUUCAGAUGUGACGAUAGCUUUGCACAUGUGCACCGAGUGAACUGCUUUAUAUUUUGCAUAGCUGAUAUGUGUGUGCAUCCUUGUGGUUGUAUAAAAUAGACCCAAGAAACAUGUCGGGCAAAGGCCUCCGGUGUUAAUGCUAAGUUCUUUGUUUUCCAUAUGAGUGGCUUUGUCGUUGGUAGAAGGUACACAAAUGCAACAUACUUCGCUUAAUGGCUUAAAGCACAUAGCACAAUGGGUAUAUGAUUAUCACGAAACAAGAUGUCCAAUCUUGACAAAAGGCAACCUACUUAGACUUCAGAAUAUUUUCAUUGCAGAGAGGAAAGAAAAACGUCAUCGUGUAAUUUUUUUAUUGUUAGUUUUUUUAUCAUCUUUCGCAGCUGUUUGAAGCAACUCGAAUUUAUUGUUUUGACCACAGCAUUAAAAGGAGCCAAUGCACUAAACUGGAAAUCCUUCUUUGUUUUCUGAAUCCAACAAUUCAAAAUCAAUCUGGCAUGUGCGCUGGGAGGUGUGAAGGGCCAGCAAGUUGCCAACAAAACAGCCCAACCACACUUUACAUUUUGAAUCUGUAUGCACUUUAUGUCGGAAUUUGUCAGGACACGUGAACACUGGAGCCACCCUUGAUUUGCUUGUUGGUGAAUGUCUUUGAGAAAAUGCCUGAAUCAAUCUGUCGGGAGAUGUUAUUUCCACGUUGGUGUCGUUUUGUGCUGGAUAAAUGCGUUGGUGCCACGUACGGACCAACAAUUUGGCUGUCUUAGCAAUUUUUGUUUGUUUUGCAUGCACCUCGUAAUAAAAAAAAGACUUGCACACUACACUGCAUUAAAGCCAACAGUACUAGUCAAUGUGAAUGCAGUAUCGUCUUCAUAAUUACACAUCCAUUGAACUGUGUCAAAACAUUAGCAAUGUAAUUGUGUGUUUGUAAUACGCGUAGGAUCUACAUAAUACAUAAUCUUUCACAAAAACGCAUACCAAUUUGGUUUCCCUACCAUUUACUUUUGUUAACCGCCUAACACUCUGCGUGUGUAUUUUUUUUAUGUGUAUGGCCUUGUAAUUAUAUUCUGGAUUAAUGUGUACAGUGUCCUAAUGAUCUGUUUUGGGGUCAUCUUUUAGCAAUGGUGUAAAGGAAACAUUUGUGUUUGUUUUCAUAAAGUUUAUCAGCGCUGUACAGAAAACUGCUACGAUAGAAAUAAAAUGUAACUAUUUAAAUCUUGA